AUGUCUGGAUUCCUGGAAAAUGCAUACAGUCUCGUCCACCAGGACAAUGCGGCUGACGUGCCCACUCUAUCGGACUUGCGAAUGCAGUUGGAAAAGGGCACCGACGAGAGCAAGGUCGACACCAUGAAGCGCAUCUUGACAAUCAUGCUCAAUGGUGACUCCAUGCCGACGCUCCUCAUGCAUAUUAUUCGAUUCGUUAUGCCAUCCAAGUACAAACCUCUCAAGAAGCUUUUGUACUUUUAUUAUGAAAUCUGCCCCAAACUGGACUCUUCUGGCAAGCUUAAGCAGGAAAUGAUUCUUGUCUGCAACGGUAUCCGUAAUGACUUGCAGCAUGCCAACGAGUACAUUCGAGGCAAUACACUGCGCUUCCUCUGCAAGCUCCGGGAGCCCGAACUUAUCGAGCCUCUGCUUUCGUCCGCACGAUCCUGCCUCGAGCACCGUCACGCAUAUGUUCGCAAGAACGCCGUCUUUGCCGUUUCAUCGAUAUACUUGCACUCACCCAGCCUUAUUCCCGAUGCUGCAGACCUUCUUUCUGCUUUCCUCAGCGGUGAGACGGACGCGACCUGCAAGCGCAAUGCCUUCGCUGCGCUCUCUAGCAUUGACCACGAUGCCGCGCUGGUGUACCUCAGCUCCGUCUUUGACGGCAUAGCCAAUGCCGAUGACCUGCUGCAGCUUGUUGAACUCGAGUUCAUCCGCAAGGAUGCUGUCCAGAACUCUCAGAAUAAGGCUCGCUACCUGCGACUUAUCUUCGACCUUCUCGAAGCCAAUGCCUCUACUGUCGUCUACGAAGCGGCCUCAUCUCUCACCACCCUUACAAACAACCCUGUCGCUGUCAAAGCCGCUGCCGGCAAGUUUAUCGAGCUCAGUAUCAAGGAGGCCGAUAACAAUGUCAAACUCAUCGUCCUUGACCGCGUUGAUCAGCUGCGCAAGAAGAACGAGGGAAUUUUGGAUGACCUCGUAAUGGAGAUUCUUCGAGUUCUCUCCAGCACGGAUAUUGACGUGCGCAAAAAGGCCCUCGAGAUUGCCUUGGAGAUGGUCUCGAGUAAAAAUGUCGAAGAGGUUGUCUUGUUGUUAAAGAAGGAGCUUUCCAAAACGGUCGACCAAGAAUAUGAGAAGAGCGCCGAGUAUCGAUCACUCCUUAUUUACUCUAUUCACCAAUGUGCCAUCAAGUUUUCUGAGGUUGCUGCUAGCGUUGUUGAGCUGCUUAUGGAGUUCAUUACCGAUUUCAACAACGCAUCCGCUGUCGAUGUCAUCAACUUCGUUAAAGAGGUGGUCGAAAAGUUCCCAGCCCUACGCACGGUCAUUGUCGAGAGACUCGUCUCGACACUGAGUGAGGUCCGUGCUGGCAGAGUAUACAGAGGUAUCCUAUGGAUCAUUGGUGAGUACUCGCUGGAAGAAAAAGAUAUCCGCGACGCCUGGCGGCGUAUUCGUGCUAGUCUGGGUGAGAUUCCCAUUCUGGCCUCUGAGCAGCGUUUGUUAGAGGAACAAGAUGGUGAUGGGAAUGCGGAACAACAACCGAAUGGCGAGUCGAAGCCCGCAGCACCCACCGGAUCCCGCAAAGUCCUUGCCGAUGGAACAUAUGCCACUGAAACUGCUCUUACCAGCCAGUCUUCUGUCGCCGCAAGGCUGGAAGCUGUCAAGGCUGCCCAGAAGCCGCCUCUGCGCCAACUCGUUCUCGAAGGCGAUUACUACUUGGCCACGGUUCUUUCUUCCACCCUCGUCAAGCUGGUUAUGCGCCACUCGGAGACCUCCUCUGAUAUGUCCCGCACAAACGCUCUCCGUGCUGAGGCCAUGCUCAUUAUGAUUUCUAUCCUCCGCGUUGGCCAGUCACAAUUUGUCAAAGCUCCUAUUGACGAAGACUCUGUCGAUCGGAUCAUGUCUUGUGUGAGAUCGCUGGCCGAAUUCUCCGAAAAGAAGGAACUGGAAGCUGUCUGGCUCGAUGAUACUAGGAAAGCUUUCAAAGCGAUGGUUCUAGUUGAAGAGAAGAAGCGCGCCGCCAAGGAAGCACACGAAAAGGCCAAGUCUGCUGUCCAAGUCGAUGACGUGAUUCAAAUUCGUCAGCUAGCCAAGAAGAAUGCCAGUGAUGGCCUGGACGAGAUUGAGGUUGACCUCGAGCGAGCAACCGGUGGCGACUCCACGACGGAAGACUUGUCGUCGAAACUCAGUCGCGUUGUCCAGCUCACCGGUUUCUCGGAUCCGGUCUAUGCCGAGGCUUACGUUAAGGUUCACCAAUUUGAUAUUGUUCUAGAUGUUCUACUGGUGAAUCAAACCACUGAGACUCUGCAGAACCUCUCUGUCGAAUUUGCUACUCUGGGCGACCUUAAGGUUGUUGAAAGGCCAACUACCCAGAAUCUGGGUCCCCACGACUUCCAUAACGUCCAAUGUACCAUCAAAGUAUCGUCAACCGACACCGGCGUUAUUUUUGGCAACGUUGUCUACGAUGGCGCUCAUUCCACAGAUACCAACGUGGUUAUUCUAAAUGACCUUCAUGUUGACAUUAUGGACUACAUUCAACCCGCUACAUGCACAGAGACGCAGUUUCGUACAAUGUGGACUGAAUUUGAGUGGGAGAAUAAGGUUAAUAUCAAUUCUAAGGCUAAGACGCUGCGCGAAUUCCUGGAUCAGCUUAUGGCGUGCACCAACAUGAACUGUCUCACACCUGAGGCAAGUCUAAAAGGUGAUUGCCAAUUUUUGAGUGCAAAUUUGUACGCCCGUAGUGUAUUUGGUGAGGAUGCGUUGGCCAACUUGAGUAUCGAAAAGGAGGGAGAAGACGGCCCUAUCAUUGGAUUUGUGCGUAUAAGAAGCAGGUCGCAAGGCCUGGCGCUCAGCCUUGGAUCCCUAAAGGGCCUCAACAAGAUUGGCUCAUCUUAG